AGGUCCGGCCAUCGCUCGGAGUUUCCCUGGCGACAAGAGUCUCUCAAUGGCGACGCCGUGCAAGCAAAUCCUCCUCGCAAAGUACUCGAGUGAGGAGCUGAGUGAUGAGAACUUUGAGGUGAGCGAGGGCGAGAUCGAGGCGAUUCAAGCCGGGAGUGGCGAUGUUUUGAUCAAGAAUGUGCUGCUCUCGCUGGAUCCAUGGAACCGGCUUUGCAUGCACAGCACAAAUCAGGGGCUCUACUUCCCGCCCUUCAGCAUUGGAAAGCCUGUUCCUGUCCUCUCGGUGUCGAGAGUAAUCUCCUCGGACAAUGCGGACUAUAAAGCCGGAGAUUUCUUGACCUGCUUGGCCACCGCGAGUGAAUACUCGCUGAUUCGCGGCGGGAAAGAUAGAGCUGGACUUCCGCUCAAGAAGAUCGAUCCGAGCGUUCCAUUGGAAAACUAUCUCUCCUUUCUGGGCUUGCCCGGAUUCACUGCUUGGAUUGGAAUCGUCCGGAUUGGAGAGGCCAAAUCUGGCGAGCAAGUUUUUGUCUCAGCGGCCUCGGGCGGCGUCGGGCUUGCCGCGGGCCAGAUUGCCAAAAUGCGAGGCUGCCGAGUGGUGGGAAGCGUCAGCACUGACGAGAAGGUCCGAUUUCUCAAGGAGGAGUUUGGAUUUGAUGAUGCGUUCAACUACAAAAAGGAGAAGGACUGGAACGCUACCUUGGCAAGGCUGUUUCCAAAUGGGAUUGACAUCUACUUUGAGAAUGUUGGUGGCAAGAUGCUGGAAGCCGCCCUCAACCAUCUCAAUCUCCACGCUCGAAUCCCAAUUAGCGGGAUGAUUUCACAGUAUGACAAGGACUGGAAGCUUGCCGAUGGUGUGAGGAACUUGAUGAACCUCGUUGGGAGGUGUGCUAAAAUGGAGGGAUUUCUUGCGUAUGAUCACAUUACUCACUACGAUGAGUUUGUGAGUGAGAUGCUUCCGUUGGUUGCCGAAUCCAAGAUUGUCUCAAAGCACACCAUCACCAAAGGUAUUGAGAAUUUCCCAUUGGCGUUUAUUGGAAUGAUGCGAGGGGAAAACAUUGGUAAAGCUCUCGUCGAUCUCUCAGAUCCAUAGAAAGCAACUAUAUAUAUUCACUUUUGUGUUUUCAAAUUUGGUUUAUUAUAAUUAUUAUAUUAAGCUCUUUUCA